GUUCGAUAUUUUUUCUCAUUAGACGCCGGCCUGUCUACCUGUUAAGAUUGUGCUAACUCUUCGUGGUCAGGUUAAGAGCCGACAUCUUUUCAGUUCGUUACUACUCGCGUUCUUUUUUAUUGCCUAUCGCGAGAUUCGUUCAGUGCAAGGAAGGUGUGUUUCGUGGCUGAGAAGCGGAGAAAACGGAAAGGAAAUACGACCAGAGCGAAACGAAAGGUCGUGAUUGAUCCUUCCGAUUCAGUGCAGCGGAUCACGGAAACCAAAUUUUUCAAAACUUUUGGGUUUAAUUGACUCUAGCUGCUGACAACCUUUCAUCACCGAAAAAUUUCUCAGCCACCCAACAACAUCCCUCGGACGGAACAAAAAAAAAACGUAAAGGGAAGGAAAAAUUCAAAACAGUAACAUCAACAUCUGUGGCACCCUGGAAGGCGUGGAGAGAAAGUUUCCAAAGUCAUCAAUUAGAAAGUGAAAAGGAGGAAAAUAUUAAGGGAAAAUGAUGGCAUCACGCAAUGAUAAGACUCGAAGCACGCUCAGCAUUUUGGCGGCGGUCAUCUUAUUCUGCAACUUGUUCGGAAAAAGCACCCAGACGUGUCUUAAUGGAGGGGUCCUAUUGAAAUCUGGCCUGGGUCCGACCGAUAAGUAUGAUAUAUUGGAAGAGCACAACAAAUUGCGCCAAGCGGUCGCACAAGGGCUUAUACCUGGACAACCGGGCGCAGAGAAUAUGCUGGAAAUGCAAUGGGACGACGAGCUAGCGAGGAAAGCGCAGGAUUGGGCUGACCAAUGUAUAUUCAAGCACGAUCCAAAGAAGAAAUUAGGGCGUUUCACGAUGGGGCAGAACCUGGCUCUUAUCUGGAGUAGUGCCUCUCUGGACGACGACCGGGACAGCGAUUUUCCCGGGCGCAUUCGAAAGUGGUUUGACGAGGUUAAAAAAUACUCCUUUGGAGCAAAGUUCUCUCUGGCCACCGGUCACUAUAUGCAGCUAAUAUGGGCUGAUACCUACCUAGUGGGAUGCGGAUACUCGUACCAUUAUUCUGGAAACAAAUACAAUAAAUUGUAUGUUUGCAACUAUGGCCCAGCUGGCAACGUUCAAGGCCAGGUUCCCUACAUCACCGGACAUCCUUCGUGUGAACAGCAUGGACUUCAAAAGUCCUCCGCCUAUCCAGGACUGUGUGCAGCAGGAGCUGGAGCUGGAGCUGGUGAAGUGGAUCCUUACCAUCACGACAAUGUGAUUCCUCAGAAUUACUAUUCUUAUCAAGCCUCAUCAAAUAAUCAUGAGAAUCAACACUACACCUCGGCACCAGUAAGGCCAGCCUACACUGCACCAAAUCAUCAGCAGCCGUACGACAAUCAUAUCUUGUACAAUCUAGUGUUUGACCAGCACAAACAGUCACAACAACAACAGCAGCAGCAACACCAUUACCAGCCAUCUCACCCUCAGUACCCGUCGUCGCAUCAGCAAACAUAUCACCACCUGCCAAGUCCGGCUUCGGUGGUAACUGCAACGACAAAUGCGGCCGCAAAUCUCCUCAAGCCCGGAAACAUCUUGAAGUCACCCUUUUUGUCGUACCGGUGGGAUUUGCUGUUCAAUUUCCUGCACUAGAAUUAAGGAAUACGAUUCCACUCUUAAAGGCGGAGAGCUUAUUGCUUCCUCUGAAAGUUGCCAUUUGCCAGCGUGUUUGGUGGUUGGUCCGGUUUUAAAGUUAAAGUCCGGAGCGAUUAUGUUAACUUUGGCCAAAUUAAGCAAUAAUGUUUGAACUAGAGAAGUACGCAAUUUUUAUGCACAUCUUUGAUUAAGAGCAUUAAUGAUUAAUCAUACAUUUAAUCAUGAUUUGCGACUAAAAAUUGUGAACAAUUUGCCAUUUAAAAUUUAAAAGAUUUUUAUAUAAGAUUUAUGGUUAACCUUCCAGUCGUCGCGUGGUUGACUACCGUCAGAACCACCACGCUGCUGUUGUGAUCGAAAGUUUUUUCACCAGUGUUGUACAAAAUACAACACCGCGGCGACUGAAGUGUUAAUCAUGAGUAAUAUUCAUCAUUAUCUAGUGUAUGAUCUAUUUGAUGCAUACUUCAAGGCGUUUAGUGUAUACUUUUGGGCAUUCAAUAAUUAGCAAACCAAUCAUCAAAAAUUAUAAAAACAAUGAUAACAUUACUUUGGAGAUGCUCUAAAUGUCUUGAAGUAUUCAACGUAUAUAUCAUACACUUGAAAAUAAUUGGCUUUACUUAUGAUUGAAGACAACAAAUAAAUUUAAAAUGAUUAACUUAACGCUCUGGCUAGAUUCCAGUAGGCCUAGAAAAACUCACGGCACUGUCUAACAAAAGGCGAAUAGCAUAGCAGCUGAAAUCCAGAACAUGAAAGAGAAAACAAAAUUUCUGCCUGCCACUUUUGGAUAAAGUGCUGCAAGCGGUAGCAGCAGAUAACACAAUGCAUCAGAAAUCUUCCGAACAACGUGUGCCAUGGACUAAAAAGAGCUUUACUUGCAUCUAGAAAAUAUCAACAGCCUCCGGAAAACUAUUGUCGGUGAAUAAAAGUAGGCUGUGUAGAAAGCACAAUCGUUCGCCUACUUUUGUUCCCCAUUGUCAUGAGCACUACGUUUAUCAUAACAUCAUCCCCCACAACAAAUAAACACUGAAACAAAAGAUCAACGAAGAAAUAACGAAAUCUUGUCAAGUGUUAAACCUCAUACUUAUUGCUGCAAAUGCGACAGCAGACCUCGGUAUUAAGGGAGACAAUGAAUGGCGUAGCAGGGGAUUAGGCACCACUCCAACCAGACACCAGACCUAGAAGCUCAUAGGAGAACAACUUUUCCUUGCGGGCAACGUGGCCGGAGCCGGCGGAAAUUUCAACAGGAAAUGGCUUAUUCCUCGGCAAUGCUUCAGCUCUGGUUGAGGCGAAUGUGGAAAUAAUAAUUAGACCGAGACGACAAUGCUGAUUGUUAGGUUGGACCAAGAAUGAUUUUUAUGAAGAUCAGUUUAUUUUUGAUAUUUUUUUGUAAUAUUAACUGUCAAUUGGGUAUAAUGAGGGGUGUAGAAAUGAAUACAUGUUCAUAUUUUUCAAUGGAAAUUGACUCCAAAAAAGUGUGAAACGUCAAACACGAAGACAAACGAUGCACGGGCCUCUGCUUAUAAGGUUCGAAACACAAAAUACUUGAAAUGGUCGUUAAAUAUGAUGGUCGAUUUUUCUGUGACUUAGUGUUCAUACUCACACCAUGGCCUCCUUGACAAUUUGUAAAUAAACUGUGCACGGUAAAUCGAAACCAUUAAAAUUUCUUAUGAAUAACGAGCUGUCGUUAUGUUAUUUCGCUUUCAAAGUGCAAAAAUUGCUUUUCUAUUAUUUUUUUCGAUUUUUCGCCAUUAGGACAUUUACAAUUUUCGCAACCAUUUAUUCAACCAAGCAAAAUAAGACAAUCUUAAACCAAAAAUAAUACAGUGCAGAUUAGCCGCCGAACCGCCAGCAAAAUGAUGGUCAUGGACGCAAUUAUCGCUCUGCAGUUUACAAUGGAAAACUUAGCUUAGAUUAGGGCGGUAUAGGGAGAAGAAUCAAAAUUACCAAAAUCCGUACAAAUUGCUUUAGAUUUUAGAAUAGGAAAACUUCUGCAUUAUUUCCACUUUUGGCAUAUCAGGCAUGUGCCAAGCUUACGGUUGAUUGCAUAUCUACACACAGGGCUGCUGCAUAGUGCAUAAGCGAGAAUGCAGCCAGCAGAGAUAAAAGCGCUAAUUUAUUUAUUAUUCACUCGAAAGAGUGCAGCGAACAAAGAGCAUCUGCUCCUGGCAUACACUCAGGAAGGUAUCAAUACACUAUACUAACGGUACACCCAUAGAUGAAUCAAUCGUUGAAUAGAUGCUAAGGUGGGCAGACUAAAGCGUAUACAUGCACAGAAAGGAGUAAAUGUGUCGUCUGCUGGGAAGGAUAAUCAUCAACUUUUAUACGCUUUGCCUUUAUACUUCGUUAGACAACAGGAAGGGGAGUAAACAUUGGAAAGCCAUUAUAAUUCAACCGAUCCUUUUUAUGCUGCAGACUUAAACGAGAAUAAAAGGGUAACAUUUAGAGAGACUGGUCGCUGAUCACAGUUAACAAUUAUCGACCAAGUGCAACGUUCAUGAGUUAUAAUGAAGGUUUCUUAGAAAUAGUAUAUUUUGCUCUUGUAACUUACUUUUUUGUCAUUUAGUAUGGCUCUACGAAUACGAAUAACUUUAAAAAGGCAUUACUGAAUGACAAAACCGUAAGCUAGUGUAUAUGGUAGAUUGAGCCGACGAAACUGAAGAACGAAUGAAUAGACAAAGUCAUUAUAUUUAAAUCGUAGGUAACAUAGGAAAGGGCUAAUUUUAUUACCGUGUAACUGCAAAGUUACUUCAUAGAACUGAUUUGUAUCAUACUCGAAUGUAGGAUAAUCCUAAGUUAAUGAAGCUAAUCUCUUUGUUGAAGUUAGGAAAACUAGGCUUUAAUGAACUGACCACGAUUUCAGCACAGACUGGAAAAUAUUAUUAUGUAUAUUACAUGGAAUGAUAAAUACAAUGGGAUCAUUUAUUGCUACGAA